UUCCCCUCCAGUGAAUAACAUCACAUUAGCACGCUGCUGCGCACGUUACACGCGCUGUGGAUUUAGGAGUGAAAGACUACAAGAGGAUUAAACUGCAGCUAUUAAUCAGAUUUGAAAGGGUGAUGGAAGGAAGUUCACAGUCAUCACUGUCAGGAGAAGACUCUUCCAGCAAAGAGCGCUCUUUACCUGAGGAGGAGAAUGAACUGCAGUCUGAGCCGGUGGAGGAGGCGGCGCAGGGGGAAUCUCUUCUCUCUGGCGAGGAGCAGUUAACCAUCAUCACAGAGAGCAUGUCAAUCACCUCCUCUGAUGAGGAGAAGCUUCAGCUCCUCAACAAAAACACUGAACUCCGGAGACUCAACAAAGAGCUGAUGAAGCUGAACGAGGAGUGGGAUCACAUCUAUCACAGCACGAGUGUGGGCCUCCAGCAGCGCGUGGCGGCCCUCGAGGAGGAGAGCAGGGCCCUCAAACAGCUCAACAGCCGACUGCUGCUCAAAGUAGAACAUGAACAGAACAAGAGGGAAUAUUAUGAACAAACACUGAUGCAGGAACUGAAGAAAAACCAGCAUCUGCAGGAGUAUAUCAGACUGCUGGAGAGCCGACUGCACCAAACAGACCUUCAGCAGUGGACUAGAGGAACUCAGACCCCAGAUAUCAGUGGCUCCUCAGGCUCUCAGCUGGUCCAGGGCUCAUCUAAGCCAUCCCUGGAUGUGCGGUCAACUCCAGGGCUUCCUGCGUCUCCAAGCACAAAGUCCAGUCUCAGACUGGCUGGCAUGGGAAUAGAGUCUCAAUCUGACCCUGUAAGAGAAGUUCGGGAUCUUAAAGAACAGCUGGAGGCGCUGCGGUGUCAGACUAAAAUCUACGAGGCUGAUUAUAAAAUCGAGCAUAAGGACCAUGAGCGCAUGCUGCAGGAGAAUAAGCGUCUGCGGCGCAGAGAGGCAGAUAUGCGUCAACAGAUGGCACUGCUGCAGGAGCAGCUGAAGGUGUACGAGGAUGAUUUCCAGAAGGAGCGCUCAGACAAACGCAUCCUCCAGAGACUGCUGAUGAAGAAGUCUCCAGCCGAGAAAGACCCGGUUCUGGUGCAUCGCUGCAACAACGAGCAGGACCGGCCCAGAUCAGACAGGAGAAAGCCCAGAGACGAGCAGCGCGGCGGAUACGUCUGUCCCAAACACUGCGAGCAUCACGGCCAGCUGGACUUCCCCUGAACGCCCACAGAGCCAUCCAUCACAUUAAACAAAUGAACACAAGCUACUCUGUAUCUUUAAAAAUUUAAAAGUUCCUUUGUAACUGCUUUAUUUAUAUGAGGUUCUUAUUUUUUUAUUGUAUUUUGCUUUUAAUAUUGUUGAAAGGACUGUGUUUGUACAAUGACUAUGUGGGAACUGUGCACUUGUGUAAAUAAAUCUGGACCACUUCACUGAC